UGCUGCUUUGAGUCAGUGAGAGAGAGAAACAGAGCAGAGCAAGCAGCCUUCUUCAGACACAGACUGACACAGCUACUGAAAACACAUUCUGCAUCUCCUGCCAGUGCUAUUAGAGGAUCUGACUAAACUAUGGACAUUUCCUUUCAAUUGCAGACAUAGACUGUGCACUUUGCUUCUAGCUUCUAGUAACUGCAAGGACUGAACAGAACUCUAAAAUCAAAAAAGGGAGUUGAUUUCAUUUAAAACAUCUUCAGCUCUCCCCUAAAAGCUGACAUUCAGAAGCUCGUUCUGAGCAAACCCCUGCGGAGGAAGACAAGAGGCUGAUCUAGUGUUUGGAAACGAUUUGAAAGCCAGCUGAAGCAGUGAAAUCAUUUCUGAAGCCGAUCAUGAUGGCAGAAAGACACAUGGAAGUCAGCGGAUGCCAGACAGUGAUGCCACCACACCUCCUGGCAGCAGCGAUGGAGGGGUUCCCCCAGCCUCUUCCCCUCCCCAAGUCUCCGGCGCGGGGCAAAGCCAGACUGAGGCGCCCCCGACAGUCACGCUUCAAGACGCAGCCGGUGACAUUCGCAGAGAUCACUGAGGUGGAGGAGGAAGGAGCCUCGCCGCUGGAGGAGGAGAGAGCAAGAAAGUCCUUCCUGCAGUCCUUGGAGAGUCUGCGGUGCAGCAGCCAGAUCCUCCAGCGGGACCGGUUAGCAACCUCUGCCAUGCGGGGAAGCGUGGACUCCAGUGACUCUGACUCCACACAGUGACCCGCCCCGGAUCCCAGGGACCCCUGCUGCUUCAUAAUGAAGAUGGACUUUGUUUCCUGGCCUAAUAUCUAAAACAAACAGCUGGAUGUAUGUAUAUACAAUAGUACUUUUAUGAACAUAUAUACAUGUGUGCCAUUAUGUGUGUAUACACAUAUCAUACAUAUAAAGAUACAUAACAGAUGUAGAUGUCUUUAAAGAAGUAAAUAAAUGUUACUUGUGCCUGUGGCUAAAUGUACGGAUGUAUUUAUACAUGUACUGGGUUUAUUUGCGUCAGGGUAUAUAUGCAAAUGUAUCUUCCAGAGUCAAAACUGUGUCAUGCAGUUAGAUCAGGCAGUGAAUAAUUUGUAAGAGUAUACAUUUAACUGUCUAGAUGUAUUCUAAAGUGAAGUGAAUUAACAACUGGUCUGAAUAAUAACACAUUUCAAAUCCUGCUUAAAAACACUCUGGAAUGAUAUAAACAGAAGGCUAUAGAAGAAGUUUGAUAUUUUUUAUAUACUGCAGUGCCUAGAAAGUAUGUUUUUAAUCUGCUAUCAAUAUGAAUGUGAAGUGAAGGGAGGCUUACGCUUUCUGAACGCAGGAGUCCAGAGACUUGAUGAAAACAACAGCCCAGGGGUGGAGCCGAGCCACAAUGACAAUGUUCUUGUACUUGACAGACUGAAGUGCAAGUUUACUGUGUACGCUUGUAUUUAAUGGUCCUUUAUUUCAAUUAUAACUUUUGAUACGGCAGUGAAGAAUGUGUUUCUAUUUAUAAAUCCUUUAUGUUGGUAAAAUGCUGAUACAAAUACCCAAAAUGUUCAAUUUGCAAAGAUGGGUCUUUCUUAUACUCUAUAAUAAAUAUUUGCACAAUAAAA